UCGUGUGGUCCAGUGGUUAGAGCAUUGGACUCAUAAUCGCAAGGUUGUGAGUUCGAAUCCCCACUCUGCCAUUGUCUCCACUUUGAUAAAAAGGCCCUAGAGUAAUAUCUGUCGUCUAUAUAAGGUCGGCCAUUAUGACUGAUUAACCUAGACGUAAAAUGUUUCCUAUGUAAUUGGUUAUAUACCAGCUUGGCGUUUACCAGCAAAACGCUGUCCUGCCGAGUUCCUACGGGAGUUACCAGAAACAGAAACAAAUUUACAUGAUUUAAGUAUAACAUUCAUUCAUUUAUUCAUCCCUCGUUCAUUUUAUUCACUUAUGUGUACGCUUGUUUAUUCAUUCAUUCGUUGGAUUGUUUUUAUUGUAAACAACUGGAUAUGUAGACUGAAAUGAUUUUCCGACAGUAUGAUUGAACGUCCUCUUUUUAUUUGAAUAAAAGCGAUGUUUCCUUUCUUCGAUAGAGCUCCAUAAAAUAUCCAUAUGCUGGUAUUCUAACAAAGCUUUUGAAAAUUAUUUAUGGACAUUCGCAUGCAAUGAAUCUGCUCCUCCGUAUUUCGCCUUGAUAUUCUUAUGUAGAUUUUACUUAGAAUGCAGCAUUUCCGUUACGCAUUCGAAUAAGGUUUUUCAACCUGAAAAUGUGUGUAUUUGACUUUACACGCCAUUUUAUCUAGAAUGCACAGAGUUAUAGGAAUUUCAAGUAGGUCUAAUUCUAAAUUGCUUUAAUCAGACAGAGACUUAAGUCAAAUAAAAAAAUAUAUAUACUAAAAUCAAUUAUUACUUUUAAAUCAUAUUGCAAUUGGGCCUACUUAUAUUUUUCAAUCAAUACCUGAAUUACAAAAUACAUUAAUAUAAGUUGAUAUGACGUCAGUUAAGGUCGGAUGAGUUGGGAAUUUUGUUCAUGAAAAUCCACCCUUUUCCGUUCUUAAUAUACAAUACCCUAGUUUUUAUCCUUUUGUGGGGGGGGGGGACUUGUCCCUUGUGUGACUCCAUGUACAGAGAGAAAAAAGUCAAAUUAUUUUAUCAUCGGGAUCAUCAUUCAAGUUAGCAACAGACACUGUAAACUUUGGUCACACCGCCCCUUCCCUGUCCUUAACCCGAAACUCAAAACAUCAUUCUCUUCAACACAGAUCCAAACUCAUAUUUCAUAAAUAUUUUCCAUGAAAGCAUAAUUCCAGUGGUAAUACCACCGUGAGUUCAUACAAUGCGGUUGUCGGUGUACAUGAGGUAGGCUAUUGAUCUCAGAGAAAUAUGACCGUGACCCGGAUUUGUCAUAAAAGCGUCGUAAUACGAUUUCACGAAAGAGAAGCGGAAAUAACACACAAAAAAACGUGAAAAGUAGCGAGUUUGGAUAAUAACGACAUUGAAGCUUAUUGAUGUAAAAGCUCCUUUUUGAAUUAUUAAUAUGGGAUUAAUUCAUGGAACCAUGAACGGAAAAGCAACGUAAUUCCAGGGGAAAAUACAUAUUUUAGGUAUUCUAAUAACAAUGAUAAGAAAUAUGGACGUCACCGUGGCAAUCGAUACGAAUUGUUUGAUAAACCUGUUUUCCUCUAACGUGUGGGCUGGUUCAGAGAAAGCGGUCUGUACAAUGCAGUUAUUGAAGUAAUGGGAGAAUAAGGGGAGCAAACGAUUUUUUUUCUCUCUCUCUACUGAACUUGACUGUCUGUGCUCUGACAUCCCCAAAGCUCGCACCACACACGAUCUACGGAAGUGCGCUGUCCGAUAUAUCCCGACCGGGUGAGUUAUUUGAACGAGCCUCUCGACAAAGAGCAGACGGAAUAAAUUUACCUCGACGUCCCUGGUGAAGAGCCAAAACACCCGUGCUCUUUUCCGAAGAGUGCAAGCGUUCUCAGACUACUCAGGACGCUUUCUACUGAGCGGAUGUUCCAAUUUGAAUUUGUAAUAGGGGUAUCGUUUGAACGAUUUUCACUAGUUUUGGUUCUCGCAGUUUCUUUGAAGGACUGCGGAAUAUUUGCCUGGAAAUUACAGUGUUUACACAUAAAACAAGGCCGAUCAUGGAAUAGAAACUUUAUAACUACACUCGUUUGUAUGAUUCAUUUGUGACAAUUAAAUUGAAGCUUUGGUUGAGACGAAUUGUGUCCUUGGAUCUUAGUGAGGAAAACACUGAUGCGAGAUGUAAAAGAGGAUUUGACUGCAAUUUAAGUGCGAUUUCAGAACACUAUAUACUCCAAAGCUCAAACUUUAGAGUACAGGAGAUCACAUGUAGGAAUCCCUGGGAUAUUGGAAUACCGCAUCGCCUGUUUAACUACCAUCGUGGCUUCUAAUCAGCUCACGAUACCACUGCCACACCGACGUCAAAGAUGUCGGACAUACCCUCCGCGAGCGGCAAGUGCUUCAGACGUCACCGACGACGAUAUUGCAGAGGUGGUGGCCUCAGCAAUGAAAAGUGGUUCCGAAUCGGACGACGGUGUCUUAGACGGUCCUACGUCGUACCGCAGCAGACGACGUAUCACGUUUCCCGCCCAGGUGAGCUUCCAAUGUGCUGUUCAGCAACAGGACAAUGCAGAAUUGGUGAGACUCCUAGAUCAGCAUGGGGCUCGAUUAGAUGUCAAUGCCACCAACCAUUCGGGGAUGAGCCUUCUCCAACAGGCUACUGCCAACAGAAACCUGGACACUGUCAAGAUCAUGCUCUGCUCCGAUGCCGAUGUCACCCUCCAAGACAUCAAUGGCAACACAGCUCUUCAUUCUGCGGCUGCCGCAGGAUUCAGGCAGGCUGCUAGUUUGCUCAUCAUCUUCGGUGCAGACAUGUUUCAGUUCAAUCACGAUGGUGACAUGCCUGUGGAACUAGCUAAGGAUAACGCCACGAUCGAUAUGCUUUCCACUGAGAUGAGAAGACAUAUUCAGGACAAGGUGUUUCUUGAUAAGUAUGGCUUCAUCUUCCGAGGCAUUGUGUUAUGGGAAAGGUUCCUUGACUGGACCAAGGAAUUCAUCUCGCGUGGUGCAUCAGUUCUCUGGAGAGCCGCUGUUGCGCAGUAUGUAUCGCUUACAAAAGAGACAUCCAAAAGUAUCCAAAGCAUUGAACAUGUAGAGAUCCCAAAAAAUACUCAAGAUAGGAACAAGAAUGAGGUUUUCAAUGAUGACAAGGAAAGUCUGAAAUGUCCAAUGGAUUGUGGAAAGGACGACCAAUGUAUCACUACUCAAGACUCGGUAGAAAACAACACAGACAAACAACAAGAAAACACUGCAUUAACUGAGUGCAAUUUAUCGUCAGUAUCACAUUCUAGUUAAUCAUUAAUGUGUUUUAAAAGGUUCAUAUAGAUCGAAUGUUUCGAGGGAAAGUGGUGAAAGGGAACACAUGCCACAAAUACGACGAGUGAGCCCCCCCCCCCGUACCCUAUGAAAUAGUCACAUUUGCUUCAUAAAAAAAAUCCAUGUGCUACGUUCUCAUUGGAAGAGAAUCAAAUUUAAAAGGAAUACGGGUUUUUGCUCUUUAAACAACCUGUACACCGAUGUUGUUGUUAUUCUCUGUAUUACAAACGUUUAACAAAAAAUCUAGACAAAAUCGAAUAAUCAAGAGUUCAAUGUUUGGUAAAUGUUGCUAUAUACCCUCGAUUCGCCAUGUAAGUUUACUCUGGGUAUUUUUUUUCUUCAAACAUUUGAAAGUUAUAAUUCAAAGAUAGUUUAAUAAAUUGUUCUUUGUUUGUGUUCGAGAUAGGGAUAUCAGUGUGUUUUUCUGUUUUUAUGUGAUGUGAAAAUUGAUAACUAAGAAAAUCUUGAUUGAAAAUGGAUUCAAGAUAUGAAAGGAAUAUCACGCCAAAAGCAUACUUUAUGAACUACUUUCACCACCACAGUAUUCAAAGCUAAUUUUUAAGGUCACCGCACAUCUUACGAUUGGUCUGCGAUCCAAGUUUGAAAUAAAACGUAGUAUAGAAUUUGCAAAAUGGAAAUACUGAGACAUGGAAUAUCUUACUGUGUAAUGUACUAAAUAAUCAUACGAAUUCCUAUGUUCAAAUAAUGUGACUAUGCUAUCAUCCUUAUUAGAAUAAAAGCGAAUUUAAUAUCUAGUCGUAAUGACAGCAAAGCAAUCGUACGAUUGGCUACGAUGAAACUUAAUUGGCCUUCACUCCAAAAUAAAGGCUUGCAAUCAUCCAAAAAUGUUAUAUUAGUAUUCUUUCAGUUAAUUUGAGCCUCAAAUAAAAAGAUACUUUCAUUUACAUUUUCAGAAAAUGAGCAAAAUGCGAUUUAUUCCAAAAAUCAGUCAGAUGGAGGACCAGUUGUAAGGUGUGCGGUAGCGUUUAUACCUCGUUCCCGCUGUCGUGCGAUCCUUUACGAACGCCAGGAUUGGCCUUCCGUAACUGAUCGCAAAAAUUUGAGGACCAUUCAAAAAUUUUCUACGAUCAAUACGAUUGCCACGACUGAUAUCAUGAUCUGAUACGACCUGGUACGAUCACUACGAUUACUCCACGAUUGAGACCACAGUUUUACUCGUGGUGCGAAUCGCGACAGAGGGAACUAGGGCUUCAUUAUAGGGCCUUCAAGCAAAAAAAAUAAAAAUCCACCGUCUUUCAUUUCAGGUUAUCAGUAGACCCUCCCCCCCCCCCAAAAAAAAAAAAAAAAAAAAAAACUUGCUCCGUCAAUCUAUGUAAAUUAUGAAUUAAAGUGAAUUCAAAUUUAGACAUUCUUGUUUGUAAAUUGAUAAAUUGGACAUGUUAAAUGCACUGUCAUGACUGUUGUUACACGAACUUGAUUGCAGCUGUCCAUACCAAUGAUUGGGUUUUAACGAAGAACCUUCGGGAUAGCAUGGUAUUUGGUUGCCAUAGGGGGUCUGUCUCUGAUGCCCCUACCCAUUUGUAAGGGUCAUUUUGGCGGGAAAGAGUACCCACUGAUAAAGGGGAGAGUGUUCUUUUUUUGUUGUUGUAUAAAUAGGAAAUUUUUGAACUUCUGGGGCGAAAAAUUGUUUAAAAAACCAACUACGAGUAAAAAAAAAAUAGCAAUCUAUAUAUAUAAUAAACCUUAUUUACACGAAAUAUAUGGCCUCUUCAAAAUAACUGCACUGAACAAGAGACGUUCAUUUUGUUUUAUGUUACAUGUAAGAACUUAAAGAGGGCAUUUGUUACAUUGCGUUUCAGAAAAUAUGCGCCCUGCAUGAAAUAACGUAUAAGGAUACGUAUUUUAUUAAUUGAGAAUAUAGCACUAUUUUGUGCGACAGAAAAAUUGCAAACUACUUAUUAAGCAUUGUGUCAAUUUCUUAAAAGAAAUUAUCAGUCCUAAUUAAAUGGCAUUACCCGCUCGGAGUUAUGAAAUGGUGAUAAAUAAUUUCCAUGUGUUUGUCGAUUCCAUUGAUGUGGCUUUUACAAAAGUGGGUUUUGCACCUAAUGGUUACGUGUAAUAAAUAAAGAUUCACAAGUUCGGAGUUAUGAAAAUGAAAGGAGAGCAAAAGAAACCGCAAGGUUGUUUUGUUUAAAACCCUUUAACGUAAAUGAUAUGAAUUGAUAUCAGAGUUAUAAUAUUUGAAAAAAGAUGUAUGUAACAGCUCAAAGAAAAACGGGUGUCUCGUUGUGUAGUCGAUGGUUACAUUGCUUUUAAAAAAAAAUCAUGUUUUGUGUUUUAUCAUAUCCUCACGCGUUUGUUUCUUAGCUGAUAUCUCAUACAAUGACAGGAUUUGAAAAGCAGAAUAAUGAAUUAACAUAUCAUAGAAUCUGAAGGAGAAAUGUCUGUAAGUUUAAGUUUAGUGCAAUGAAACAGCACUGGAAAAUUAAUAACAAUGCGUGACAAUAUCUUAUCAUAGUGUUAUAGUGAUAAUAAUAAUGAAGAGUUUUGAAAACACUUGUUAAUCCUGCUUUGAGGUGUUUAAUUUGUAAAAUUCAUUUUUAUUAAAUUUUUAAUUAAUAUACCGUACACUGAGGGUAUUUACCCUAGCGCAUUUUCCCACUUUACACUUUCACAUCUAUUUGUCGGGUAGUUUGCUUUUGUGAAGUAUAAAUUUUGUGUGUGUUUUGACUCUUUAGUUAUACGAAUCAAUCGAGUUUUUAAAGAGAAUUAGUGUGUGGAGAUAUUUUAUUCCCCUCGUAUAUACGUCUACCCCGUAUAUUACCCCUCAUUGUGUGCAAUAGUUUAACUCUGUCAUUUUUUUAUUGUUUCACUCGGAAGAUGAGAGGGGGCUGACUAGCAUUAAAUAUAUACGAAUAUCAUGAUCUAGACAAGUUUGUACUGCAAAUUGAGAGGAUUAUUCAUUAUUUAAGAAAGGGCAAUGCUAUGGUGCCAUUAUAUUACUGAUGUGGUGUAAGAAAAAAAUUGUAAGCAACGUUUUUUUUAUUUUGCAGACGGUGGGAUUAUUUAGUGAACCUGAUAAAAUGUCAAAUCAUGAACGCCGUAAAUUAAAUGUGUAUAAUCCAUCAAAACUGUGUUCUAAAAUGGAAGGUUUUAGUGAUUUUAUCAUCUGUCGCUAUCGACUGUCAUUUGAUGUUGAUCGACUAAGCAGUCAAAAAUUUAGAGAUAUACUACAUUCACCAAUAACAAGUUAAUACGGCAGUAUUUUUAGCAUCGCAUGGCUUGAGAUCUGAAAUGAUGAAAAGGGGGGUAAUGAUCCCCCCUCCACAAUUACCAAUCCAAAAUUUGCUGUUAAAAUUUACACUCUAAAAGAGUUACCCAAUAUUGGGUAAAAUGGAAACAUGCAUGUUGGUUGGUUAAAAAGAAACCAAAUAUUUUGUAAAUUUUACGCGAUGUUGCGUUGAAAUAGCCCAAUGUGGGUAAAAAAAAUACCCAGCAAACAUGCAUGUUCCCAUUCUACCCAAUAUUAAAUACAAUUUUACUCAAUGUUUUUAGAGUGUAUGUAUGUUGAUAAAAUGUGAGAUUCCCCUUCGUCGUGGGGGCGUAUUCUACUGUACCCAUGCACCCCAACGCACAUACAAAUUAUGCACUCACAUUAACGAAUGACGCAAAGUUCUCUAUAAUUGGUUCUUCAGAAAAUUACUGAAAACAUUCAAAUAAAUGACUUCAUCAUUAUGUAAACAAA